AUGGCCGACGCAGGCUGGUUGCGUUUUUUCGGUGCCAACAGAGCACGCCAACAUGGCCUGAGGUACCGUGCCUCCGAAGCUGCCCUUCAUGAUAUCCUCAAGGAUGCACCCGGAAACCAAGAAACGCAAAUUCAACACAAGAGAGAAACCAUGCCACGACUUCCAAGCUGGCAAGGCGUAUCUUGGGCCGACCGAGGUGCCGCCCCGUUAACUGGCGCAGACGCAGCUCUCGACCAAGCAGACAAGCUGUUUAUCAACGCAAGCCAAAAAGUUUGGCACAGCCCGUCGGUUGACCAACUGGCAGAAUCUCUACGUGCUGCGUUGAUGACAACCGAAGGAAACCAGCCACUUUCUGCCGAGUAUCGUCCGCAUGUUUUGCUUCUAUGCGAGUUUUAUGGCACUCGGCACCACAAAAUCGCCAAACUCGAAUCGCAACUGGCGGAAGCAAAAGACCAGUUGGAGAAGGAGAGAGAGCGGUACAGAUCCAUAGAAGAACAUUGGAUGGUUCAGGAUGCACGGUACAAAGCUGAAGUCAAACGUCUCGAAAUGUUUAUUCAUGAGACAUCCGACAAAGGCAUGGAAGCUGUGAUACUGGCUAGAGCAGGAAGCUUGAUCAGAAACAGGCCAGGUGAUACUACAAAUGGGCGAACAUCUACAGAGGCAAGCCCCAACAAUGCUUCCAUGGCCUCUGGUGCUACUCCCCAGAAAGUCAAUACAGAAGCAGCACCCAACUCGGCUUUGCCAACACGACAGAACACAGUGUUAUCGCGUACACGAACCUUUGACACUAGCAACGAGGUCAGGCUGAGCAACGCCUUUCGAAAGAUGGAGAAAACGAAAAACGCCAACAGCGGCGGCGGUCGCCGAACUGAGGCUCAACAUAUCGGCCACGGAAAGGCACACCCUGAACACCACCGAGAAAGUCAGCGUUCCCAGAGUGAUUCUGUGCCUCAGAUUGGUCAGACUCCCCGUGACGCAGUCGAUGAACCGCCACACGAAGGCAGUCCCGAGAGGAAGCGCAAUUCGACCGAGAAGGCAGCGGUAUUGCAAGAGGCUGGUGUUGUCGGCCAACUCUGCACUGCGACAGAAAGCGCACAUGGGCAUGAGAAAGUGAAGCAGGAUAGAGUUUCGGAGAGCAAGCCCAGUCAAAGCACUCCGCAUCGUCGCCAGUUCUCGUUUGUACCUGGAGACGAUACAACAGGCCAUGCCAAGGCGCCCGGAAACCAGCCGGUAGCUCAAAACGAGAACAGUCAGGAACAGUCAACUGGUCGGCAAACGGUUCGACUCCGUCAAGAAGCCAGGAGGUCGAGAUCAUCAGAGUGGAUAUAG